AUGGCGACAGUCGACAAACCAUCGACUGAUGGCUCACCAAUGGACUCCGACCGCUCCGACAGCGCUCUCUCAUCAAUAGUACCAAAUGGCACCGCUGGACGGCCUCAUGACGAAGAAAAGUCUGUCGAUUCGGGCGCAUCUCCAAAUGCAUCUGCGGGAGGACCUCCGACAGUUUCACCGCCGCCAAAUGGAGGAUACUGGGCUUGGAUGCAAGUUGCUGCUGGUUUCUGCAUCUUCUUCAACACCUGGGGCGUUCUAAACACGUUUGGCAUCUUCCAAACCUACUAUGAGGAUGGAUCAUUGUUUCACGAGUCCUCCUCUAACAUCUCAUGGAUCGGAUCUAUCCAAGCCUACUGCGUGCUGGUGACGGGCCUCAUCUCCGGACCAAUAUACGAUCGGGGUUACCUCCGUGCUCUGGUUUUCACCGGCACUAUCCUACUGGUCCUCGGUUUCAUGAUGCUAAGCAUAUGCAACACAUUUUGGCAAGUUCUCCUCGCGCAGGGUUUCUGCGUGGGCAUCGGCGCAGGCUGUCUGUUUGUCCCGUCGCUGGCGAUCCUUCCGACGUAUUUCAACACGAGAAUUGGACUCGCCGUGGGAAUAGCAGCAUCUGGGUCGUCGCUUGGCGGUGUCAUUUACCCGAUUAUAUUCUACAAGCUCAUCGACCGGAUUGGCUUUGGCUGGACCGUCAGGACUAUUGGCUUCAUCGCAUUGGCUACGCAAAUGGUGCCGCUAGUCUUUGCCAAGAUGCGAGUGAAGCCGGCUAAGGCGAGAGCCAUAUUGGACUGGUCGGCGUUUACGGACUGGCCCUAUGUUUUCUUCGUGGUGAGCACCUUGAUUGGUUUUAUUGGCCUCUACGUCAUGUUGUUCUACAUUUCGUAUUUUGGGGCCGCCACGGGCAUUACUUCGCCGGAAAUGUCGUUUUACUUGGUUCCCAUCUUGAAUGCUGCGUCCAUGUUUGGCAGAACUUUGCCAAACGCCAUCUCCGACAAAACUGGUCCUUUUAAUCUUUUUGGCCCAGCCGCCAUCAUCUGUGGCAUCCUCACCCUUUGUCUACUGGCUGUUAAGAGCCUUGCCGGCAUCAUCGUAAUCGCCGUUUUGUAUGGAUUCUUUUCGGGAGUUUUCAUCGCCAUACCGGGAGUUUGCUUUGUCAAACUGACCCAAGAUAAGAGUAAGCUGGGCACCCGCAUUGGCAUGGGAUUCACUACAUUUGGGUUUGGCGUACUGGCUGGGGGACCGGGAGGUGGUAGUAUCUUGGGAACCAACUCGUCAGAUAUGCAUUGGGACUCUGUAUGGAUAUAUGGAGGAUGCACUGCGAUGUGUUCCGGUGUCUUGCUUAUUGUACUUAGAAUGUGGCUUGCGAAAGGGAAGCUUGCCGUGAAAAUAUGA